GAACACGCUCAGGCUAAGGGGAAAAAACGGAAUAGCGAGCCGGUGGCCGUCACCUUCCCCUUGGCGUUGCUGCGUCUGCGUGCGUCGCGCGUGCGCGUGCGCGCGUGGGCCCGAGACUGACAGGUGGGCCCCACCCACCAGCCGCCCACGCUUUAACCCCCUCUCUCCUCUCUCUCGCCAUUUACGAGAGCGCGCGCGCGACGCGAGCUGAUGCUUCCGCUUGGCCGCCGCGUCGCCGAAGCCGACUACCCGCCGCCGCGAUGACCACGACGUCGCCACCAAUGCCGCCGAUGCUGCCUUCGUCCUCGUCCUCGCUCCGCGACCUGCUCGAGCAGGAGCGCUGCGAGUCCCACGCGCUCGCCGCGGCGCCGCGGCGGGCGCGGUCGGGCAGGCACGCGUCGCCGCCGCCGCAACGCGUGGCGCCGGAAGAGGAGGACGAUGGGGGAGGAGGCGCGGCGGCGGUGGGCGCGGUGGUGGCGAUGCUGUCGGGGUACGUGGGGAGGUUCGUGAAGGACGAAGGGUUCAGGCGCGGGCUGCGCGAGAAGUGCGCGGCGUGCCUCGCGCCCGCCGCGUCGCGGCGUGGCGCCGGCCACGCCGUGCUGGCCAACCUCGAGCUGGGCAUCGAGAGCAUCGAGCGCCUCGCCGCCGACGCCGCCUCCGCGCAGGCGCAGCAGCGCGACGCCAAGAUCCGCUCCCUCCGCAACUCCAUCCGCCUCCUCAGCGUCGUCGCCUCGCUCCACGCGCCGCCGCAGCCGCCGCGCCACGCCGCUCCCACCUCCGCCCCCGCGGCGGCGGAGGCCCACACCUGCGGCGUCCCGAACUCCCACCUCUCCGCCUGCGCGCAGCUCUACCUCUCCGUCGUCUACAAGAUGGAGCGCAACGACCACGUCUCCGCGCGCCACCUCCUCCAGGUGUUCGUCGACGCGCCCUACCUUGCCCGCAAGAACCUCCUCCCUGACCUCUGGGACCACGUCUUCCUCCCCCACCUCCUCCACCUCAAGGUCUGGUUCACCGCCGAGGCCGACCUCGCCCCCGACGACCGGAGCCGCCGGAUGAAGACCCUGCAGCGGCUGUACAACGAUCACCUCAACUCCGGCACCGCCCAAUUCGCCAUCUACUACAAGGAGUGGCUCAAGUCAGGAGGAGCCGAGGCGCCUCCUCCCCCCUCCGUGCCAUUGCCCUCCAUGCCCGGAGAUUUCGAUGCUUGGGACAAGCAUUCCUCUUCCCUGCGCAGAAGCUCCAUCAACAGAGGCCUGUACAAUGCGGUUUUCGGCACGGCGAUGGAGCAGGAAGAUGUCAAAGAUACGAAGCUGGAAGAUGACGAGAUGUCCCAAUUGGUUCUUGAGACUGAUGUUGAAUUGGAGGAUAAUCCAGGUUGCUUGAAGAUGGGGAGGAUUGCUCAUAGUAACAUGGGGCUCCAAGAAAAGCAUUCCGUUAUUCGGAAAGAAGGCAAUAUUCCAGAAACAGCACCAACACCACGGAAAUCCUAUUCUCUCCGACUUUUCUCGUGUCGUGGAGAUCUAACCAGGAACGUCAUCAACCAUCCUAAGAUACCAAAGAAGGAAGCCGUGUCUGUCGAGAAAGACCUAGAAUGCAGUGAGCUAACAAUGAAUCUAGAACGAGCAGUUUCCAUGGUAUCUAGUUCAGACAGUCUUACGCAGUGCGAAUAUGCUGUGCAAGAAGUUGCCAGAGCAUGUUCAAAUUUGCGAGAAGAUCCAAACCUUGGAACUUGGCUGUCAUGUCCAUCCUUUAUUCAAGGGCUUCUCGAAGUCACAUUCACUUCCAAGGAUGAUCUAGUGCUGGAGUGUGCAAUUUUGAUUAUCGGAGAGUUGAUUUUAAGCAAUGAGGUGAAUAGACAGAUUGUACUUAAUGCAGAUCCACAACUUGAAGUUUUCUUGAGACUUCUGAGAAGCAAAGAGUUGUUCCUUAAGGCAGCUAUAGUACUUUAUUUGAUGAAGCCUAAAGCUAAGCAAAUGCUGUCAUUGGACUGGAUACCACUUGUACUGCACAUAUUGGAGUGCGGGGAUGAGGUGCAAUUUCUGUCUUCUGUGAAAUGUGCUCCAAAAGUAGCUGCAUUAUAUUUCCUAGAUCAGCUCCUUAUGGGAUUUGACGUUGAUAGAAAUGUUGAGAAUGCAAAGCAGAUGAUUGCUCUUGGUGGUUUGGACCUGCUCAUGAACAGAAUCGAUGGCAGUGAUUCCCGUGAGAGCAAAAAAUGCAUCUCUCUCUUGACGUCAUGUAUCCAAGCAGAUGGCAGUUGUCGACACUAUUUAGUUGAUAAUCUGAAGAAGGAACCUAUUGUUCAACUUCUAGUAGGAAAUCAGAAGAAGGCUAGUUCUGCUGCCCUUAACUUGCUGAGUGAACUAGUCUGCCUUAACAGAACAACCCAGAUUUUGGAGUUCCUCAAGGAGCUGAAAAAUGGUGGCUGCUUGAAUACAAUGCAUAUUCUAUUGGUCUAUCUCCAACAAGCUCCUAUUGCCCAACAUCCUCUAGCAGCUGUCAUGUUACUCCAGCUUGAUCUCCUGGGAGAUUCUUCGCAGUACAGCGUUUACAGAGAGGAAGCGAUUGAUGCCAUGGUAGCAGCUUUGGAGCAUGGUUCACACAGCAGAAAGUUGCAAGAACAGUGUGCUCGAGCUCUCUUACUCUUGGCAGGGAGGUUUUCAUCCUCAGGGGAACCGAUCGCGGAAGCAUGGCUACUAAAGAGAGCGGGACUAGAUGACUCCCUAUCCGAAUCCUUCCGGAGAACAGAGAUAUUCAAAGAUAAGAGUGCAAGGGUGGAAGAAGAAAAGAUAGUUGAAGAACGGCUGAAGAAACUUGCGCUCAUGUUGCUAAACAGUGGGAACAAAAAGUUCCUCACAGCGCUGUCAAACUGCAUAUCUGACGGAAUCCCUAGUUUGGCUCGAGCGUGCCUCAUCACUGUAACAUGGAUGAGCAGCUCACUCUCCCCGCUGCACGGGUGCAACACGUUCCAGCCUUUAGCUUGCUCCAUUCUUGCGACUAAGCUUGUAGAUAGCCUAAGCUAUGACAGAGUUUUGGAAGAGAGGGUGCUUGCUUCACUGUCACUGUUGAACCUUGUGAGACAUCCAGAAUGUUUGGAGAAGCUUUACCCACUGAAGAAAGACACAGUAGAGUCAUUGCAAGAUCUUGCAGAAGUGACAUGGACUGCAAAGGAGCUCCUUUUCGCAUGCUGUAGAUGACAACCAUCUGAAGAGGAACAGUUUCUCAGUCUCCAAGAACAGUGUUUCAAUAUGGGAUUAGUGAUUGCUUAAUUACACAUUUCUUUUUUCUUGAUAUGUAAAGCACUAGAGUUUCUUUCCCUUGUAAAGAAGAAUCUGGCAAUGGCUUUCUUUCAUAUGCUGUACAUUGUGAUAAUUC